UAUCUCCUUCAUCAUCCACACCUACUGCCACUUCUUUGUCACCGUAUUCACCAGUUCGCCAUUGGCAACUCCUUCAUUUCAAAAAGGAGAACGAAAAUGAGUUUCAGGAUUUGAUUGAUCGUCAUCAUGGGUCGAAAGAAGACGAGGGCUAAACGACGUAUCCUCAUUAAGAGCGAUGACGAGGAGGAGGAAGACAAGGUGGUCAUUGAGGAAGUUGUUGUAGUGCCCAGUCUCAUGGAGAACUGCAAGGAUCAGGAAUCUAAUAAUUUGGUUGAAGUUUUCGGGACUGACAUGGAAGAAGCGAGUGAUCCGCAGAUUGAGAGUUUUGAGAAGGAUUUUGAAGAGGUGGAUACUAUAGUUAGUGCUGUCAUGGAAAUGGAUGUCAAAGUGAAACAAGAUGUAAUCGAGAUGGAUGGAAACAAUGAGAACGCUAAAGUUAAUGUGAAUUUUAAUGCCAAUUGAAGUUAAGAGCUCGAAUCUCAAUGGAGGAU